AUGGACAUCCCCAUCACCUCCAUCAAACCAAUCUACCACCCAUCUCCCACCACCCCCACCUCCAAAUCCAAAUCCAAAUCCAUCCAAACAACCAUCCAAUCCCUCCAUCUCCAAGCUCAUCCAGAAGGAGGCUACUACACUGAAACCGACCGACACCCGCUCCGCAUCCCCUAUCCACACAGCAAAGACCAAAGCACCACCGACACCGACACUGACAGCAACACCCGCUCCCUCUCCUCAACAAUCUACUACUAUCUCACCCCCGACUCCCCAACCUGCUUCUUCCACCUGAACCGCAGCCGCACGAUUCACAGUCUUCACCGCGGCCGAGCGCGGUACGUCAUUAUCCACGCGGAUUGGGUAGCGGAUGAUGGCACCGCGCCUGUUACGUCGUUUGUGGUCGGUCCGGAUCUAGACAAGGGGGAGAGGAUGCAGUGGGUUGUGGAGGGGGGCAAGUAUAAAGCUUGUUAUCUGUUGCCGGAUGACCCCUCGGAGACCGGGGCUGGGGAGAGCGAGGGGUUGUUGAUUACGGAGACUGUUGUCCCUGGGUUUGAAUUCGAGGAUCACGAGUUUCUGAGUCCCCAGACCAUGGAGAGGCUGCUACCGGAGGAGCAAUACCGGGCGCUGAGCUGGAUGUUGAAGAAGGAUGGAUGA